AUGCUUACGAUUUUCAGUGUCUAUACGGUAUUUCAUCGUUAUGUCUGCUUGGUGAUCUGUGUGAUUGGAGUGAUUUCGAAUGGUGUUCACAUUCUGGUGUUGUCACAACCGCGAUUGAGGCGAUGCGCGGUGAACUGCGUGCUGACCGCAGUCGCCUUCUGUGAUGUGGUCACUAUGACGUCGUACAUUAUCUACCUAUUCCGGUUUCGCAUUUAUCAGGUGGGCGGCCUGUCUCCUUGUAAAGAAAACACUAAAUGUAUCAGAAAUUUCUGCAUUAUUACUAAAGACAUUUACUUGCCCAAGUGCCUAAAAUCAAACGAUUGCUUCGUACUACAAAUUCCAUCUCCUUUCAAGGGUCAAAAUGGAUACUCGUACAAUUGGAUGAUGUUUUUGAAGAUUCAUGUAGUGAUCAGUAUCGCUCUUCAUGCAAUCACGCUCUAUAUGGGAUCGGCGCUGGCUUUCAUCCGAUGGCAAGCACUCGGCAACAUUCACAGCAGAUGGCUGCAACCAUCAUCUGCAUGGUGA